AUGUUUGUUGUGGUGCUUUUCUUUGGGCAGCGCUUGACAUGCGGACUUUGGAGCCCACGUCUUUGGCUGGACAAGCUGUGCGUGAACCAGGUGGACCAUUCUACAAAAAAGAAGGGCAUUGCAGGGUUGCCCACUAUCGUAGCGUGCUCUUCGGAGUUGCUGAUCCUUGGGGACGAAAGCUACUUUGAACGAUUAUGGUGCAAUUUGGAGCUCUCAACAUUCAUGAAGUGCUGCGGGGUGCAGAAUCUGCGAUUUGUACCGCUGUGGCUCGGACCCUGGCUGUUGACGACGAUGUUUUUCAACUGGCUGGAGAUGCAGAUGGAGGCCAUGGCGAUUACAAGUGUUCCUGACAUUGGCAAUCAGGGCAAUCCGCAUCGGGCGAAGCUGAAAACCAUGGCAUUUGGCUGGCAGCACCUUUGGACAUUCGUCUCGCUCACUCAGGCCGUUACUAUAUUCUACUUCCCUGCCGCCAUCGCAAGCGUUGUCACCUUUCAACAUAAGCUUGAUAAGCACAAGCAGUUGCUUGAAGAUUUGGAGUCCUAUGACAUCCGCUCCGCGAAGUGCGCAGUUGAGGGCGAUCGCGCGCUAAUUGAAGGUCACAUAGCAGAUCUCUUCGACGGAAUCGAGGAUCCGGUCAUUUCUGUUCCGUUCGUAUCAGGCGCUUUGCAGACAGAGGAACCCGCGGAGCUACCAGAAGCGCUUUCAAAGGAAGCCAGACUGGCCAUACGCUACGCUACAGGCUAUUCAAACCAGGACUGCCUCCAAUUCUUCAACGACUACGUGCGUGGUCCGCUGCGGGAAGCCGUCAUCGACCAGUUGGGCCACCAGGCUGAGCUGUCCUGGAGCAUCGGUGUGCUGUCCUUUUUGCCCAGCACGCUUUACGGUAUUGCCUUGGCAUGGAUGUACAGAUUUGCAUCUGCAGACCUGGGCUACGCAUCCGUGGAGCAUUUCAUGAUCGUGACUGCGGUGCAGCAGCUACUGUUUGGCGUGGUUUGUAUGCCUAUGGUUCACCCACUUCUGCUCCAGCUGUUGGCCUGUCUGACAGCUUGCAUCGGUCCAGGCUUUCUGCGAAGUGCGUUGGCAUUUCUGCUCGCCCUUCUGGCAUACUGUCUGAUCUUGACGGCCUUUGGGUUGGUUGGUGGAACCGUGGAGUGCUGGGCCAUGACUGACCAGCCCUUCUUUUUGGUAAUUUUCUUCGUCUGUUUGGCUCCGCUCCUCUGGCUGCACGCUUUUUUCUUCCGGCGAGAUUGGCGCUUGCCUCGGAGCUCCUGUCGACGUCUCAACGGCGCAGCAGCAUACUGUGAAUUGUCCUAA